AUGUAUGAAGUACACGUUCUUUUUGUAGGCUAUUGUCGGCCAACAGAAGGUGGCAUGCUGGCCAAUUGUACCUGUACAUUGGUCAAAGGUCCUAAAAACAUUAUUGUUGACACUAUGACUCCGUGGGAUGGUAAGAAUUUAAUAAAUGCUAUUGAACAACAUGGAAUCGGAUGUGAUGACAUUGAUUAUGUAAUUAGUACUCAUGGCCACUCUGAUCAUGUGGGUAACAAUAAUUUAUUUUUGAAUGCUAAGCAUCUGGUGGGCCGAUGUAUUAGUUACAAACAGAUGUACUAUGAUGACAGUACAUUUUUCAACAGUGACGGUGUGUAUGAAAUUGAUGAGAAUAUUAGAGUUAUCUCAACCCCUGGACAUACUCUGACGGACGUAUCUGUUAUUGUUCAAACAACCAAAGCAUCAAUUGGAAUUGUAGGCGAUUUGUUUGAAAGUGAAGACGAUAUAAUGGAUGAAUCCAUUUGGUUAAAUGCUGGUAGUGAAAAUCCAGAUUCACAAAAAAAAUAUAGAAAAGCUAUUAUGGAACAGGUGGAUUGGAUUAUACCAGGUCAUGGUGCUAUGUUCUCUACCAAGAAAUACAAGUGA